UACAGUUCUCCCUGUGCCCUCUCGAUUCACUUUUGGUUCACUUUCAAACCUCCCCGUUACCAACCCUGGCCAGCCCGGGCUUUAACCAUCUCCUUGCUCGUGUUAGAGUUGUCCGAGCGCCUUCAGCCGUCCCUGUAGUCGACCAGUUCAAGCAUAUCAUCGCCUGUCUAAUCAUGACUUCCAUCGGAGGCGCACCACCACUUUCGAUAAUUAAAACUGGCCCGGGAUUGAAAAAGAUACCCCCAUAUUGGUACCCGUAUACUACGUACGCUAAGGAGAGAUGGCUUGGGCGGGAGAUCUUGGAGGUCGUUUCUACAGAAUUUAGGGAUCGGUCGAUGGAGUAUUAUAGAUAUGCAUUAGAAUCGGGCGUGACUACGAUUAAUGGAGAGGUUGCGAAGCCUGAUACUGUAAUACAAAACGGAGACCGUAUUGAAAACGUGGUCCACCGACAUGAGCCUCCCGUGACAUCCACUCCCGUAAAAGUAUUACUAGAAGACAAAGAACGCGAAUUUCUGAUUGUAGACAAACCCGGAAGCAUCCCUGUCCACGCGUCUGGAAGGUAUUACCGUAACACGCUGGUCGCAAUUCUCAUGCAUGAUUUCGGUUAUGAAAAAGUUUACACCGUGAACAGGCUUGACAGAUUAACUUCUGGCUUGAUGAUAAUACCUACUUCUGCUUCGUGCGCACGUAAAGUGACAAACGAGUUUGUGGCGGGGACCGUUCGGAAAGAAUAUGUUGCUAGGUGUAUAGGUCGUUUUCCUGAGGAAGUUCUUUGUGAAGAACCGUUGUUGACGGUUGAUCGUCAGAUGGGUUUGAAUAUUGUGCAUCCCGCGGGCAAGCCAGCACAAACCAUUUUCACACUCAUCCGUUAUGAUGCCAACACCGACACGAGUGUCGUUCUUUGCAAACCGCUGACCGGAAGAUCACACCAAAUUCGUGUUCAUCUCCAAUUCCUCGGCCAUCCGAUUGCAAAUGAUCCAGUCUAUUCAGAAUCUCGGAUAUGGGGCGAGAAAUUGGGUAAAGGGGGCGUCGACAUAACACCUAGCAACGAACGUACUGCACCUGCACCUCCAGCCCAUCUUGCGGAACACGGGAACUCUGAAUCUCUUUCUCGAACCGGAGAAGAUGGUGAUGGAACUCCAAAGAAACUACUGCCGCGGGAAACUGGAGAUGAUAUCGGAAUGGGAUCUCCUGUUCCGUUGUCUAACGAAGCCGUGAAUGUCAUCACUCGCCUGCGAAAUAUGAAAGAUGAAGCCGAAGACUGGAGUCGUUGGAGGGAUGUGAUCUUCCGCGCGAAAGGUACUCUACGUGCACCACGAGAGUUGGCGUUAAAGAAGCCACCUCCCAGAAACAAAAAACGACGAGCAAAGGGCGAGUUUAUCGAUGAACAACUUAACCAGGCGAUUGGAAAGGUCGCGAUUUCCAAUCCAGCUGAAGUCGACGGAACAACGACCGGUUCAAGUGCAAGUGAACCUCCGACACAACCACCAUCCGGGUUGACUAGCGAAAUCUCUACGCCGUUGGCGUAUGAAGUCGAAACCAUACCAAUACCAAGGACAAAUUCACUGGGUGUGCCAACUGACGUUCCUCAGCUUACGUCUGAAGUUGCAGUUGACGUCGCUCGAUCCAUGAUUGCCGCCUCAAUAGACCCCAAUGCGACUGCACCAUCCACUUCUGAUGCACAGCAAGCUACAGGACACGAUGUCGUAAAAUUACAAGAAUCCGAAACUGUGGAAGAAGGUAGACAGAGUCAGCUCUAUUGUCCAGAAUGUUACCUUCCACUACACCCUGAUCCUAUACCGGAGAAGUUGUACAUCUUUUUGCAUGCGUUGAGAUACACGACAAGUCUGGGGACGUUUGAGACGGAAAUGCCGGAGUGGAGUGCAGAGGGAUGGGAAUGGGACAGAAGUUGA